AUGCGCAGCCGGCAGGUGACAGCUAUGGGGCUGGGGGUGGCAAAAUGGCCGGGCUGGGGAGGGCCAUCCCCAGCAUCCUCCAUCCACGUGUACACGCAACGGGAGGUGUAUGGCACCGUCGGUUCCCACGUCACCCUCUCCUGCAGCUUCUGGUCCAGCGAGUGGAUCUCCGAGGACAUCUCCAUCACAUGGCACUUCCAAGCCGAGGGCUCCCGUGACAGCAUCUCCAUAUUCCACUAUGCCAAGGGCCAGCCCUACAUCGAUGACGUGGGCAACUUCAAGGAGCGGAUGGAGUGGGUGGGUAACCCCCGCCGAAAGGAUGGCUCCAUUGUCAUCCACAACCUGGACUACACUGACAACGGCACCUUCACCUGUGAUGUCAAGAACCCGCCCGACAUCGUGGGCAAGUCCUCCCAGGUCACGCUCUAUGUCUUCGAGAAAGUGCCCACCCGCUACGGUGUUGUGCUGGGCUCCAUCAUUGGCGGGGCUCUGCUGCUGGUGGCCGUGGUUGCCAUGGAGAAGGGGAAGCUGCAGCGAUCAGCUAAGGACACAUCCAAGCGCAGCCGGCAGGCACCUGGGAUUUAUGGCAUGCUCGCCCACACCCGCUGGACCCAGCAUGGCCCCAGCAGCCAGUGCCACCACCACGGAUAG